UGGACCUGGUAGUGAGCUGGAGAGUAGCAUGGAGGCGUCCUCGGAGAGCUUCAACGCUGAGCAGGGCUGGUAUGUCUCUGCCCAGCAGCCUGAAGAAGCGGAGGCCGAAGAGUUGAGUCCGUUGCUAAGCAACGAACUUCACAGACAGGGAUCCCCAGGUGUUUCAUUUGGUUUCUCAGUGUUUAAUUUGAUGAACGCCAUCAUGGGAAGUGGCAUCCUUGGUUUAGCUUAUGUUAUGGCUAAUACCGGUAUCCUUGGAUUUAGCUUCUUGCUGAUGACAGUUGCUCUUCUGGCUUCUUACUCAGUCCAUCUUCUGCUUAGUAUGUGUAUUCAGACAGCUGUAACAUCUUAUGAAGAUCUUGGACUCUUUGUAUUUGGAUUACCUGGAAAGGUGAUGGUGGCAGGUACUAUAAUAAUUCAGAAUAUUGGAGAGCUUCCUGCUGCUAUUGCAGAAUUUUUGACUGGAGACUCUAAUAGAUAUUGGGAUCUUGAUGGACAAACACUACUAAUAAUCAUAUGUGUUGGCAUUGUGUUCCCUCUUGCACUUCUUCCCAAAAUAGGCUUCCUUGGCUACACAAGUAGUUUAUCAUUUUUUUUUAUGAUGUUCUUUGCUCUUGUGGUAAUAAUCAAAAAAUGGUCCAUCCCUUGCCCUCUGACAUUAAAUUAUGUAGAGAAAUGCUUCCAGAUUUCAAAUGCUACAGAUGAUUGUAAACCAAAGCUCUUUCAUUUCUCCAAAGAGAGUGCUUAUGCCCUACCAACCAUGGCUUUUUCAUUUCUCUGCCAUACCUCAGUAUUACCCAUAUACUGUGAACUUCAAAGUCCUUCAAAGAAGAGAAUGCAGAAUGUUACCAAUACAGCAAUUGCUUUAAGUUUUCUCAUUUAUUUUAUAUCUGCACUCUUUGGGUACCUCACUUUUUAUGACAAAGUAGAGUCAGAAUUACUAAAAGGUUAUAGUAAAUACUUACCACAUGAUGUUGUUGUUAUGACUGUGAAGUUAUGCAUAUUAUUUGCUGUGCUUUUGACAGUCCCUCUAAUCCACUUCUCUGCCAGAAAAGCUGUAAUGAUGAUGUUUUUCUCCAAUUUUCCAUUCUCAUGGAUUCGCCAUUUUUUGAUCACUCUGGCACUCAAUAUUAUCAUCGUUUUGCUUGCAAUAUAUGUUCCUGACAUUAGAAAUGUAUUUGGUGUAGUUGGUACCAGUACAUCAACAUGUUUGAUUUUUAUAUUCCCAGGACUAUUUUAUCUUAAACUUAGCAGAGAGGAUUUUCUGUCAUGGAAAAAGUUUGGGGCAUUUGUUUUGCUCAUCUCUGGAAUUUUGGUUGGGAAUUUUAGUUUAGCAUUCAUUAUUUUUGAUUGGAUUAAUAAAUAAAAGAAAUAUUUUCCUACUUCUUACAAAGAAUAAUAUAUCUCUUUAUGCAACAAGAAAUAUUCUGGAAGACACCCUGGAUGAAAAAUAAUAUUUUAAUAAAAAUUAUUAACAGAAAAGCAGAACAAAAUGGCAGUAGGUAUGGGGAAGUAAGUAUAGCAGGUUUAAUCAAAAUAGGAAACAAACUCGAAAUGCUCUUAAAUGUAUUGGGUCAUUCUUUUGUUUUUCAAAUCAAUAUUUUUAAUGGUAGUUUUAUGUUUGCAGAAAUACUGAACAGAAAGUACAGAGUUCACAUAUACCUUUUUACCCCCAACAUGCAGUUUCCCGUAUUAUUAACUCUUGCGUUUGUGUGGUACUUUUGUUAUAUUUCAUGAGCCAACAUUAACUAUUAUUAACUAAAGUUCAUAGUUUACCUUUGGGUUCAUUCUUAGCAACCACUAGAAACCGCUGAUUUUUUUUUUUAACUUUUAUUUUAGGUUUGGGAGUACAUGUAAAAUUUAUUACAUAGGUAAACUUGUGUCAUGGGAAUUUGUUAUACAGAUUAUUUCAUCACUCAAGUGUUAAGCCCAGUACCCAAUAGUUAUCUUUUCUGCUCCUCUCCCUCCUCCCACCUUCUAUCCACCACCCCAAGUUGUUUUUCCCUUUGUGUUCAUAGGUUCUUACUUAGUUCUCACAUGUAAGUGAAGACAUGCAAUAUUUGGUUUUCUUUUCCUGUGUUGGUUUGCUAAGGAUAAUAGCCUCCACCUGUGUCCAUGUUCCUGCAAAAGACAUGAUCUCAUUCUUUUUUAUGGUUCCAUAGUAUUCCAUGGUGUGUAUGCACCACAUUUUCUUUAUCCAGUCUGUCAUUGAUGGGUGCAUGGGUUGAUUCCACAUAUUUGCUAUUGUGCAUAGUGCUACAGUGAACAUUUGUGUGCAUGUAUCUUUAUGGUAGAAUAAUUUAUGUUCUUUGGGGUAUAUACCCAGCAGUGGGAUUGCUGGGAUGAAUGGUAGUUUUGUUUUUAGCUCUUUGAGGAAUCACCAUACUGCUUUCCACAAUUGUUGAACUAAUUUACAUUCCCACCAACGGUGUAUAAAUGUUCCCUUUUGUUCACAACCUCACCAGCAUCUAGUAUUUUUUGACAUUUAAAUAAUGGCUAUUCUGACUGGUGUGAGAUGAUAUCUCCUUGUGGUUUUGAUUUGCAUUUCUCUAAUGAUAGUAAUAUUGAGCUUUUUUUAAUGUGCUUGUUGGUUGGCAUGUAUGUCUUUUUUUGAGAAGUGUCUGUUCAUGUCCUUUGCCCACUUUUUAAUGGAAUUGUUUGGGGUUUUUUUCUUGUAAAUUUGUUUAAGUUCCUCAUAGAUGCUAGAUAUUCGACCUUUGUUGGAUGUAUAGUUUGCAAAUAUUUUCUCCUAUUCCGUAGGCUGUUUACUCUGAUGAUAGUUUUUUGUUGCUGUUGCUGUUUUUUUGUUUUUGUUUUUUGCUGUGCAGAAGCUCUUAAAUUUAAUUAGAUCUCAUCUGUCAGUUAAUUUUUGCUUUUGUUGUGAUUGCUUGGUGUCUUUGUCAUGAAAUGUUUGCCCAUUCCUAUAUCUGGGGUGGUAUUGCCUAGCUUGUCUUCCAGGGUUUUUAUAGUUUUGGGUUUUACAUUUAAGUCUUUAAUCCAUCUCGAAUUGAUUUUUAUAUAUGGUAUAAGGGAGGGGUCCAGCUUCAAUCUCCAGCAUAUGGCUAGCUAGUUAUUUUAGCACCAUUUAGUGAAUAGUGAAUCUUUUCCCAUUGCUUGUUUUUAUCAGCUGUGUUGGAGAUCAGAUGGUUAUAGGUGUGUGGCCUUAUUUCUGGGCUCUUUAUUCUGUUCCAUUGGUCUAUGUGCCUGUUUUUAUACCAGAGUCAAUGCUGUUUUAGUUCUUGUAGUAUAGUUUGAAGUGGGUUAAUAUGAUGCCUCCAGCUUUGUUCUUUUUGCUUCAGAUUGCCUUGGCUAUUCAGGCCCUUUUUUGGUUCCAUAUGAAUUUUAAAAUGGUUUUAUCUAGUUCUGUGAAGAAUGUCAUUGGUAGUUUGACAGGAAUAGCAUUGAAUCUGUAAAUUGCUUUGGGAAAUAUGGCCAUUUUAAUGAUAGUGAUUCUUCCUAUCCAUGAGCAUGGAAUGUUUUUCCAUUUGUUUGUGUCUUCUCUGAUUUCUUUAAGCAGGGUUUUAUAAUUCUCAUUGUAGAAAUCUUUCACCUCCCUGGUUAGCUGUAUUUCCCAGGUAUUUUAUUUUUGUUGUCGCAGUUGUGAAUGGGAUUGCCUGAUUUGGCUCUCAGUUUGGCUAUUGGUGGUGUAUAGGAAUGCUAGUAAUUUUUGUACAUUGAUUUUAUGUCCUGAAACUUUGCUGAAGUUAUCAGCUAAAAGAGUGUUUGGGCAGAGACUGUGGGGUUUUCUAGAUGUAGAAUCAUGUCAUUUCCAAACAGAUAGUUUGACUUCCUCUCUUCCUGUUUGGAUGUCUUUUGUUUAUUUCUCUUGCCUGACUGCUCUGGCUAGGACCUCCAGUAUAUGUUGAAUAGGAGUGGUGAGAGAGAAUAUCCUCAUCAUUUUCCAGUUUUCAAGGGAAAUGCUUCUAGCUUUUGUCUAUUCAGUAUAAUGUUGGCCGUGGGUUUGUCAUGGAUGCCUCUUAUGAUUUUGAGGUAUGUUCCUGCAAUACCUAGUUUGUUGAGAGUUUUUAACAUGAAGGAGUUUUGAAUUUUAUUGAAAGCCUUUUCUGCAUCUAUUAAGAUAAUCAUGUAGUUUUUGUCUUUAUUUCUGUUUAUGUGAUGAAUCACAUUUAUUGAUUUGCAUAUGUUAAAUGAACCUCGUAUCCCAUAUAAAGUGUACUUGAUCAUGGUAGAUUAAUUUUUAAUGUGUUGUUGGAUUCAGUUUGCAAGUAUUUUGUUGAGGAUUUUUGCAUCGAGGUUAAUCAAGAAUAUUGAUCUGAAGUUUUCUUUUUUCGUGUGUCUCUGCCAGGUUUUGGUAAUAAGGUGAUGCUGGCCUCAUAGAAUGAGUUGGGGAGGAGUCCCUCCUCCUCAGUGUUUUUGGAGUAGUUUCUAUAGGACGAGUACCCACUCUUCUUUUUACAUCUCCACUGAUCAUUUUACUGUCUCCUUAGUUUUGUCUUUUCUAAAAUGUCAUAUGCUUGCAAUCAUAUAGUAUGCAUCAUUUUCAGACUGGCCUCUUUCAUUUAGCAAUAUGCAAUUAAGUUUCUUCUAUGUCUUUUUGUGGCUUGAUAGCUCCUUAGUAUUCCAUUGUAUGGAGGUACCACUGUUUGUUUAUCCAUUCACCUGUUGAAAGACCUCUUCCAAGUGUUUACAGGUACAAAUAAAGCUGCUCUAAGCAUUCGUGUGCAGGUUUUUCUUUUUCGUUUUUCCUUUUUUUUUUUUUUUUGAGACGGAGUCUCACUUUGUCACCCAAGCUGGAGUGCAGUGGCGUGAACUUGGCUCACUACAACCUCCACCUCCCAUGUUCAAAUGAUUCUUGUGCUACAGUCUCCCAAGUAGCUGGGAUUACAGGUGCACACCACCACGCCCAGCUAAUUUUUGUAUUUUUAGUAGAGACAGUUUCACCAUGUUGGCAAGGCUGGUUGCAAACUCCUGACCUCAAGUGAUUGCCCACCUCAGCCUCCCAAAGUCCUGAGAUUACAGGCAUAAGCCACCAUGCCUGGCCAAUUUCUGUUCUUUAUGUGUUUUGCAAAGAUUUUUUCUCCCCAUUUUGUGGCUUGCUGUUUUAUUCUUUUAACAGUGUCUUUCAAAGAGCAGAAGUGUUUAACGUUCUUAAAUAUAUUGGUUCAAUCUUUUGUUUAUUUUAAGAAAUCAGUGUAUUAAAUUUAUGUACAAAAUUGAUUCUUAGCUGUGGGUUAAUGUUGUCAGCAUCAGUCACUAAUAAGAGAUUGUUCUACUUGGUGUUUUGCCCUGCCUCUAAAUCCUAUCUAAAAACUUUUAUACUUUUCCACUACUGUUCAUUAUGAAAUUGACCUGUGAUGACUGGCUGUGUACUUGAAAGUCCUUUCUCUGAGUUUUCUUAGUUGGUCACUAAAACAUGCAACAUUCUGCAUGGCAAACAGGGACAAAAUAUUGAUCAUUUCUAUGAUAUUUUGUUUGGAGUUCAUAAAUCAUUGCAACUUCUCAUUGACAUGGCUUAUUUCUGGUUAGGAACCAGAAGUUAGGACUCUCCCCCCAUGAGUAUUCUACAUAAAGGGCACAUUGUUAGCAGCCUACCAAAGCUGUAUCAGUAAAAAUGUAAUCCUACCCUGGUACACAUGUAAAGUAGAGAAUUGCAUGCAAAGUGCAAUUUUCAUAUAUGGAAAUAAACACUUUUGCAGGUGCCCCUUUGUUUCUGACUUAGGAAAUACACUGAAAAAUUGACAAAUGAGCUUCUCUUUUAAGAAGAUCAGACAUACUUAUUUGGCAACUUGAAACGGCAUAGUGUAGUGGUAAAAGACCAAAGCUCUUGGGUUAGAAAGACUUGGAUUCAAGUCUCAGUGAAAGGCACACUACGUAACCUCUAUAAGCCUCCAUUUUCACAUCUAUAAAAUGGAGUUAAUGCUUAUUAUACAGUCAUAUUGAUAGAAUUAAAUGUUCUAUAUAAAUUAGGUGCAGACCAAACCAGACUCUUUUGAUAGAUUAAAUGUUUAUCUCCUUUGUCCAUUCCCUUAUCUGGACCAAUGAAAUAAAUUUGCUUUCCACUAAGGACAUGGAAACAUAUCCUGAAUUUCUUCAUCUUGCAUGACAAUUAUCUUCAGAAUCUUUCUCUAGCCUUCACUCACAGGGGAACUGGCUCCAAGUGCACAUUUUUAGUACUUUCGCACAGUUUACCUCAGCUGUACUCUCCUACUAAUAACGCCUUCCUGAAGCUAGGCACUUAGCAUGGUCCCAGGGUCCAGCCAGACAUGUCCUCCCAUGUGGCUUCAGGUCAGCCAGAGCCAAUCAAUCUGAUAGCCUACUACUUGUACCCUUUUUUUCUGUUUAUGAAAUUAUGGAUCCAAAUACAGAUAGGUGUACAGCUGCUUAAAUAAGUGUAACUCCAGUAAUACCAAAAUAACCCUCAAUCUACAACAGAUGAAAGGAUGCCCCUUGGGGCAAAUGUUAACUGUGAUGACAGCUGGGCAUCAAUUAAUACAUUUGUUACCUGCUCAUGAGAUAGGAUCAUGGGAGGUUUUGCAAAGGGACAAUCUGUUGAAUAGUCUGCACAAAACUUAGUAGCAAGAAAAAUUAUUUGUUCAAGUAUUCAUUUUUAUUUUACUUUAAUGUUCUGCCUUAUCUAGUUGCCUGUUUUGAGUCACAACUUUCUCUCUGCAUUUAGAUGAAGUUAAUAAGAUGGCUGGUGAGACAGUGCCCCCAUCAACCAGGAUUACCAAAAAAAACCUUGUUCAAGUGCCCCUUAGAAUUUUUCCUGGGAAAUAUGGGCCUUCUCAUUAUGGGCUUAAUGUUCAUAAUUUAUUAGGUAAUAACUAUUUAAAAUAAAACUAAGUAAAGCAGAAAAUAUAUACUUUUCUAACAUUUGGAGACUUGUUUGCUAAAUUAAAAGACGAAGUGCCAAGACUGUAAAUUACUUUCGUAUGUUGAGGGUGAAUGUUUAAAUUGUACUUUUUUUUUUUUAAACAGAAUGUUUACUCAUGAGCUUAGCAUUUAAAUGGUUAAAACAAGCCUUUGAAGUUAACACUCCAUUAAGAUGAAUGGUGGUAAUUCACACCUCUGCUGGUGCUAUAUUAUUUCAGUCUGGCUGCAGAGAAAACAAGACAGCAGUUGGUUGAUUUACUGUGUGAAGGCCCUUUAAACACCCAAGGUCUGGAAAUUUUUGUGUGUGUGUGUGUGUGUGUGUGUGUGUGUGUGUGUGUGUUCCAUCUAGAAGCAGGAUCUGAAAUUCAACACAAUCUAGGUGUAGAAUUGAGGUCUUGAAAGUACCAUAGAUUCUCUCUUAUCCAGCAAUUCCAUAUCUGUCAUUUGACGGGUAGCAAGUUACUAGAUCAACCCAACCUCUCUGGCUUUGUUUGCUUCUAUACUGUAGUGUUUCUUCCUACCACAGCAUUUUUGAAACUUUAGCUUAGUAUGCUGGUAAAUCCAUCAGUGGAAAAGCAGAAAUGAAUCAUCCAUUUUCUGGUGAACUUUAUAUAUGCCUUUAAAUGGGCUAUGAGCUAAUCAUUGGUCUUCCUGUGCUCCUUUUUAAAACAUGUUCAUCUUUGCAAAAUCUCCUGUUCUAUAUUUGCCUACAUAUAAAGCAUCUACUUGAAGAGCUUUACAAUUUUUUUUCUCAUAUCCCUGGGGUAGUGAAGUAAGCAGAGAUCAGUUGAAAAAGCAUUUCUUUCUCAAUGUGUCCUUUAUACCAGUACUAUAUUGUGUUUGAAAUGUGUAUUCCACCCAUUGGUAGAAGUGCUAUAGCCAUUUGACCCUGAAAGGAUUCAUUUUAGGGCCUGGGAAUAAAGUUAUCUUAACACAAAUGAAAUAGCGAAUACUGUAUAAGAUGUUAAUGAGUUUGGAAGAUCUCUCUUUAAGGUAAACAGAUUUUUCUCUUCUCCCUUCUAUGUCCUGCAUAUUUGCAGGCUCAAGUUACUGGAUAAUCUAUGGGUAGCUGGGUGUGGAGAGUAUUUCCACUCUGGCUGUCUGUAGUGCUGACACUGCAUGUACAGUAUAUACAGAGAGAAGAUAGAUGCUAGAAACAGAGAGACUCAAACUGAAUUAAUUUUAACCUGUUUUUGUUUUUGGUGUGUGUUAGAAUUUCUCUGCAGCUGUGAUGGAAUUAGCCCUAUGUUAAACAUACUUUGCUUCCUGCAGAUUUUUCUGCGUGGAUUUUAGGUGUCAUAAUUUUUGACCUUAGAACACUUUAGAACCUUUUUAUUAUAUUGAGAAAUUUGUGGGGUUUUAAAAAUUCAAACACAUAAUUUAUUUAUUCUUCUACUGGUAAUCCCUCUGUAUGUUUUCCAUAAAGAGGUAGGAAAAGUAGAGAAAGUAAAAUUUUGGUGGCAGAUGAAUAAAGAUAUUGUGGGCAUGGUUUCUUUAUUGCAAUCAGAAUUCUUUCUGUUUCUCACCCUUCCUAAACAAUCUGAUAAAUAUGUUUACUGUCACGAUAAUCUCUUGUCCUGCUUUGCCAAGCUCUCAGUCAAGACAACCAAUUACAAGGAACAGGAAUACUCAUCUUGGCUGAUGGCCAGGUGGACAGUUAGGAAUAAGACAUUUAUUCACCUAAUGGGUAGAAAGGAAAAUUGAGUUGCCAGGGAGAAAAAAAAUACACAAAAACAGAUGGAUGAAAAGACAUUGUAAUAUGGGGUGCUAUAAAGAAAAAGACUUGCAGAGAAAUGUUUCUCACUCGUUUGAAUGUACAGUCAUCCCUUGGGGGAUUGGUUCCAGGAUCUCCCUCAUAUACGAAAAUCCAUGCACAUUCAAGUCCUGCUGCAGAGCCACAUAUACAAAAAAUCAACCUGUGUAUACAUGCGCAGGUGUUGCAUCCUGAAGAUACAUUUUUGAUCUGUAUCUGAUCUAUGUUGAUUUUAAAAAAUCAACUGUUAGUGAACCCGUGCAGUUGGAACCCAUGCUGUUCAAAAGUUAAUAUGGUAUAUAUUUUAUCUAAUUGGCAUCAGUGGACAGAUGCACAACAUAAGCAAAAGGGCUGACCAAAUCAUUCAGCAGAUUCUUUGCAUAUACUAUGUCCUGGAGGUUGAGCUAGUCCUAAGGUUGUGAAGCUAUGUAAGACAUGCAUAAUACAUCUUGCUUGAAAAAAGUUCACAUACAACUUUGAACAUUUUCAGAACAAUUUGAUAAGUAAAACUGCUUAAAUGAAAAAUUAUACCUAUAUUUUUCAUAUAUAUUUUUAAAGAAGAUUUUUGAGUCAAAAUUACCUGUGUUCAAAUCCCAGCUCUAUCCCUUUCUAAUUUUAGAAAAGUUACUACUCUCUGAACUUGCUGAAGGCUCAAUAUUUGACUGAGUUUUCCCUCAACCAGAAGAAAUUUUCCUUCAAGUGAGAUUACAUGAUAUUUUGGGAAAACUCAAGUAAGCCAUUAAGCGUUGAAUAUAUGUACACUUGUAUUACUUUACUGUCCCUCAAAUCCCAUAGCUUCCAACCAUAUGUCUCUUCUCCCAUCUCUGCUUCAUUUAGUCAGCAGCCUGACAAGAAAAUGGUAUUCUAGAAAUAUCCUGACCAAUGCAUUUAUUUUCACUACUGAUGUAUUUUUCCCCAGAAAAGUAGUAAAAUUAUCCACAUAUUAUAGUUUUGUAGUAAAUAUCCACAUAUUUUGACUUUACAUUAGCAUUUUUAACAAUAACAUUACACUUUUGGCUUAUAAAGUAUGUGGUCAGAAAAGCUGCAGGCUUUUUUUAGGUGAAUUAUCCAGGUUCCUAGAACCCUGUACUUGUUCUAUUGGUUUACAUUUUUAAAUGUAAGGGAAUAUAUAUGCACACACAUGUAUGAAUAGGCACACAAAUACAUAUAUAUAUAUGUGUGUAUCUGUUAACUAUAUGUGAACUUUCAUCAUGUUAGCUUCAGCUCACCACUCAAGCAGAUGAGACCUUUUUUGAAUCUUGAUUAUCAUGCCUCAGAUAAUCAAUUUAUCUGUGAAUGGGGUGGAAAAAAAAUAGAAUUAUCUUGAUUCCCUGCUUUUGUGACAUCUUUUAUCAUACUUCCAUUUUUUUUUCAUCCCAUUCACAGAUAAAAAUGUUAAAUGAGAUAUGACUAGAGGGCCCUGAAGCCCAGCACUAUCAGUAUUUCUCCUGAGUUAUUAUUAAUCUAUACUUUCGGUGAAGUUGUUAACAUUCCUGUAGUGUCAUCUAACCUGCAUUUCCUCACUUCCCUUAGAAGUGACCCCCAAAUCAUCGGGUACAGUCUAAAUUUUUAUCUGUUUUCUGUAUUUCUAGUUGCUUCAGAACAUUUCUGCUUGGGGGUUCCACAGUCACUUCAAACUUAACAUGUCCAAAUCCGUUACUCACUACAGUUUUCUGAUUUCUGUCAGCAACCCCACUGUUUUCAUCCAACAUCCCAGCUGGCUUGCUUGCUUCCAUUCCUGCUACCUGCAGUCCACUUUCACACUACAAAGUAGUUGUUUAAAAAUUGAAAUCAGAUUAUGUUGCUACCCUGCUUAAUAUCCUCCAAGAGCUUUCCAUCUCACUUAGAAUGAAAUCCAUGCCAUGGCCUACAAGGCUCAAUUUUGUCUGUACUGUUUCUCUGAUAUCAAUCUAUCUUUCUCUCAUUCUCCAGCAACCCUGGCCUUUCUGCCCUUUGAACACAUCCAAGCUUGGUCCCUCACACGCACUGUUUUCCCUAGUUAGAACAUAGUUUUCAGAGACCUUUGCAAGCCUGGCUCCUUAUUUAAGCCUAAGGUCAACUGUCACCCCCUCAGAGAGGUCUGUCCUGUCUGUCUUAUGGUCACGACCAUCUUAUGGCCCCCAACACAUGGUGCUUUAUAACUUUAUCCUGUUAUACAGGUCACUGCUGGAAAUGUUGUUUAUGUGUUGUCUAUGUCCACUAGACUGGAAGUUUCGUAAGAACUGGGGCUUAACUGUCUUAUUUAUAAACAAAUCCUUAGAGCUUAGGACAGUGCCUGAUACUUUGGAGUGGCUUAAUACUUGUUGAAUGAAUGCAUAAAGGAAUCUAACAGACUGUGUCCUUUUACUCUUUACCUCCAGUCUGUCACAAUGUCAUUUCUUCCUUUGAAAUACCUCCUGUAUUUGUUUUUAUCCUGUCCCCACCCUCCUGCCAGAUUUCUGCCUAAAUCUCAGGCUUCAUCUCUUGUGCCUAAACUAUUGCAGUGAUUCUCAAUUCAGGCUGCUCCUCGACAUCACUUGGGGAACUUUGCAAAAAUUACCACAUCCAGGUUCCACCCAAACCAAUUAAAUCCAAAUCUCUGAGGGAUACAACCAAGGUAUUGAUAUACUUCUUAGAGCUUCUCAGAUGACUCUAAUGGGCAACUACUGGGUUGCUGUAUCUGCCUCCUAGCAGAUGUCUUCUAGUCCAUUUUGCCUGUUACUGUUCUCUGGUCUUCUUGGAAUCCUGCUUUCAUAAUAUUACUCCCGUGCUGGUGAACCUAUAAUGGCUCACUACUACUCCCAUCAGUCUCACUACUACCCCCAUUAAUCCCAAAUUCCCUUGGCUCAUCCACUAAGCUAUAUUUCAGCCUUUUCUUACAUAUGUUCUACAAUACUCUAAAACUGCUUUUCCUGUCUGGCAUUUGAUUUGCCUUUUAUUACCCUCUUCUAUAUUGUUACUUCUCUGCCUACUCCCACUUCCAGGUACACACCCAGAAUGUGACUUAUUUUCCACCUCUCCAAAUGCUUCCCAUUCUUCAAUAUCUAGCUCAAAUCCCAGCUCUGUAAACACUGGAUUCUCCACUCCAGCCUACCCCUUAUUAUCUAUAUGAUUUCUUUUAGUAUACAUUUUUAGUACCUUGUAAGAUUUUUUCUAUUUUUUUCAUAAAUUACUUUUGUAAUUUGGUAUUCAGUUUUUGAGUGGGUGAUAUGCACAUGGUACAGAUUUUAAAUUUACAAAAAUGCCUUCCCAUCCAAUUCUGUCCCUGGCAUCCUGUUUUCCUCCUCGGAAGCAACCGCUUUUACAGCCUUCUGUAUUCUUCCAAGUAUAUGCUAUGCCCCUUUUAGAGAGAGAGAAAGAAUACACAGGCACAGAGAGAAUACACAGAUAUACACACAUACAUGUUGGCAUAAAAUAUGAAAUCCUCUGCCCCUUUGACUUCACUUAACAUUAUGGCUUUUUUUUAGUUGUGCUAAAACAAAAAACACCUAAAAUGAAAUCUGCCCUCUUAGCAAACUUCUUGUAAGUGUAUGUAUAGUAUUGUUAAUUAUAUGCACAUUACAUAGCAGAUAUCUAUAACUUUUUCAUCUGGCAUGACUGAAAUUCUGUGCCCAAUUGAACAACACCCUAUUUCCCUAUCCCUGCAGCCCCUAGCAACUGCUGUUUUACUUUUUGCUUCUCUGAGUUUGGCUAUUUUUGCCACCUUGUACCAAGGAAUCAUGUAGUAUUUGUCCUUUUGUGACUGGCUUGUUUCAUUUAGCAUGUUGUCCUCAAGUGUUAUGUAUAUUGUAGCACAUGGAAUAAUUUUCUUUAUUCUUUAAGGCUGAAUAAUAUUCUGUUGUAUGUGUAUACCACAAUUUAUUUAUCCAUUAAUCUACCAGUAAACAUUUAGGUUGUUUUCACCUCUCGGCUAUUGUGGAUAAUGCGAUGAUAAACGUGAGAGUGCAAAUACCUCUUCCAAGAUUCUGUUUUCAAUUAUCUUGUAUAAAUGUCCAGAAGUGGGAUUGCUGUAUCAUAUGGUAGUUCUAUUUAAAAUGUUUUGAAGGCUCUCCAUACUGGUUUCCCUAAUGGCUGCGCUAUUUUAUGUUUCUAUCAACAGUGCACAAGCGUUCCAAUUUCUAUCAACAGAGCACAAGGGUAUCCUCGCCAGCAUUUUGUUGUUGUUGUUGUUAUUUUGAUAAUGAUCAUUCUAACAGGUGUGAGACAAUAUCUCAUUGUGGUUUUGUGUUUGCAUUUCUGUGAUAAUUAGUGAUGUUGAGCUUAUUUUGAUAUAAUGGUUGGUCAUUUAUAUGUCUUUGGAGAAAUUUCUUUCAGGUCCUUUGCCCUUUUAAACUUGAAUUUUUUUUUUUUUUUUUUUUUUUUUUUUUUGGUUACUGAGUUGUAGUAGUUCUUUCUAUAUUUUGUAUAUUAACCCCUUAUCAGAUAUGUGGUUUGCAAAUAUUUUCCCUCUUCUUAAAAUUUUUACUCUGUUGAUUCUUUCUUUUGCUUAUGUUGGAUUUUGUCCCACGUGUCUAUUUUUGAAUUAGCAUUAUGUUUUGGAGAUUAUUUUGUAUCAGUAUACACAAAACUCCCUAAAUAUUUCAGUAGCUGCAUAGUAUUCUGUUAAUGCAUAGACCACAAUUUAAUUAACUAGUUUCCUAUCAAUGCAUAUUGAUGGAUUUUUAAAUUUAAAAUGUUGCUAUUUUAUGUAAUGCUUCAAAUGUUAUCUUUAUAUACAUAUGUCAUUUAGCACAUAUAUUAAUUAUCUAUAGGGGAUAUUUUUAUCCAUUUAACUGGAAUUCUGGCAUAAAGGGCAUGUGCAUUUCUAAUUUUGGUAGGUAUCACUACAUUAACUUUCAUUAAAGAUUUUACUUACUGGGCACAGUAGCUCACGCCUGUAAGCACAGUAUUUUGGGAGGCUGAGGUGAGUGGAUCACUUGAGCCCAGAGGUUCAAGAUUAGCCUGGGCAACAUGGCAAAUCCUUGUCUCUACAAAAAAAACAAAAAUUAGCCAGGUGUGGUGGCAUGUGACCGGAGUCCCACCUACUUGGGAGGCUGAGGUGGGAGGAUCACCUGAUUCCAGGGAGGUUGAGGCUGCAGUGAGUUGUGAUUGCUCCACUGCACUCCAGCCUGGGUGACAGAGUGAAACCCUGUCUCAAAAAAAAAAAAAGAUUUACUGAUUUACAUUCACAACAACAAUGUAGGAAUUGCUCUUUCAAUUCUGUUAUUUGGCUUUUCACAUUUAAAUACUUUACCUCUCUGACUCAGUUGUAAUUAACCCAAAGACAGGAACUAUGACAUGUACAUAUUAGCAUCUCUUACAGCAAUUAGUUCUCAGUAAAUAUUUGUUAAAUCUUACUUCAUUGUCUAUUUAGGGAGUUUUCUCAUGAAUGGUGUUUCUGAUGAGACCCAUGUGAGAAUUGUCCCCUUUGCGUGUGUGCUGUUCCCAGAAAACAGUGUGACUGUGUGUGAUAUUCUUAGGCGAGAUGCUUAGUCUAUUUUGUGUUACUGGCACCUGGGAAAUUCAGUAUCAAGAAAGCAGUAGGUUUGGUGUCUGGUGAAGGCCCUGUCUCUACUCCUACUACGGCCUUUGAAUGUUUCAUCCUCUGGAGGGGAGGAAUACUGUUCCUCAAAUGACAGAUAAGCAAAGAGAGAAAGCUCACUUCCAAAAGCACUUUUAUUUUAAUUAUUUUUAUUUUUAAUUUUUGUGGUUACAUAGUAGGUUAUAUAUUCAUGGGGUACAUGCGAUGUUUUGAUACAGACAUGCAGUGUGAAACAAUUACACCAUGGAGAAUGGGGUAUUCAUCCCUUCAAGCAUUUAUCCUUUGUGUUACAAACAAUCCAGUUAUACUCUUUAGUUAUUUUAAGAUAUACAAUUAAGUAAUUGUUGGCUGUAGUCAUCCUGUUAUGCUAUCAAAUAGUAGGUCUUAUUUUUUCUCUGUUUUGUACCCAUUUACCAUUCUCACCCCUCUCCUAGCCCCCCACUACCCUUGCCAGCCUCUAGUAACCAUCCUUCUGCUCUGUGUGUUCAUGAGUUCAACUGUUUUGAUUUUUAGAUCCCACAAAUAAGUGAGGACACUUGAUGUUUGUCUUUCUAUGUCUGGUUUAUUGCACUUAACAUAAUGAUCUCCAGUUCCAUCCUUGCUGUUGCAAAUGAAAAGAUCUCAUUCAUAUUAUGGCUGAAUAGCACUCUAUUGUGUAUAUGUUCCACAUUUUCUUUAUUCAUUCAUUUAUUGAUGGACACUUAGGUUACUUCCAAAUCUUGGUUAUUGUGAACAAUGCUGCAACGAACAUGGGAGUGCAGUUAGCUCUUCACUCAAUAUAUCAAUUCCCUUUCUUUUGGGUAUAUAUCCAGCAGUGGGAUUGCUGGACCAUAUGGUACCUCCAUUUUUAUUUUUGGAGUAGCCUCUAAACUGUUCUCCAUAGUGGUUGUACUAACUUACAUUCCCACCAACAGUGCACAAAGGUCCCCUUUUCUCCACAUCCUCUCCAGCAUUUGUUAUUGUCUGUGUUUUUAAUAAAAACCAUUUUAACUGGGGUGAGAUGAUACUUGUUGCAGUUUGAUUUGCAUUUCUCUGGUGAUCAGUGAUGUUGAGCACCUUUUCAUAUGCCUGUUAGCCAUUUGUUUGUCCUCUUUUGAGAAAUGUCUAUUCAAAUAUUCUGCCCAUUUUUUGACUGAAUUAUUAUAUUUUUUCCAAUGGAAUGGUUUGAGUUCCUUAUAUAUUCUGGUUCUUAAUCCCUUUUCAGAUGGGUAGUCUGCAGAUAUUUUCUUCUGAAAGCACUUUUAUUAAGGUAUUAAACCUACUAAUGAAGGUGGAGCCUGUGUGGCCUAAUCACCUCUUCAAGGCUUCAUCUCCCAAUACAUCACAUUGGCAAUUAAAUCUCAGCGUGAGUCUUGUGGGGAACAAACAUUUAACCCAUAGCAGACACCAUUCAUUGCUAUUGUUCUUCCAGGAUCCUGUAUUAUCAUUAACCCAGCAAGGCCGACUAAUCAUUGGAUCUAUUAUCAAGUUUAGUUUGUUUGAAUAAUUCAGUAUAAAUUAGCUAAAUGAAAAGGCUCUACUCUAUAAGUUUUUGCCAUCUUUUUAUUAUGAAAAAUUGUAAACAUGAAUACAAGUUGAAAUAAUAUGUCCACCACUAAAUUUAACAUUUAUUCAUAUUUAUUUCCUAACUCACAUAUAAAUUAUAUGUAAAUAUACAGCUGACUCUAGAACAACAUGGGUUUUCUAAUUGUGUGGGUCCACUUAUAUGGGGAUUUUUUUCUGCUUCUGCCACCCCUGAGAUAGCAAGACCAACCCUUCCCCUUUCUUCUACUCAGCCUCCUCAACAUGAGGACAGUGGAAUGAAGACCUUUAUGAUGAUCUACUUUCACUUAAUAGUAAAUAUGUUUUCUCCUCCUUAUGAUUUUCUUAAUGAUGUUUUUCUUUCUCUAGCUUACUUUAUUGUAAAAAAAAAAAAGUAUAUAAGCAUACAACAUGUGUGUUAAUCAACUUAUUAGUAAGACUUCCAGUUAACAGCAGGCUAUUAGCAGUUAAGUUUUGGCUGGGAGUCAAAAGUUGUACACAUAUUUUCAACUGUGUGGUGGGUGGGCACCUCUGACCCCCAGGUUGUUCAAGGGUCAACUGCAUAUACAAAUAAGUAUAUUUGCUGAAUGAUUUGCAAAGUAAGUUGCUGACAUUCCAUGAAGCAAUAAGUGAAGUUGAAAAUUAUUUUUUGUAAAUGUUACUGUCUACCUUAGCUCAGGCUACUAUAAUAAAAUGCCAUAGAUUGGAUGGCUUAAACAACAGAAAUUUAUUUCUCAUAGCUCUGGAGGCUGGGAAAUCCAAGAGCAUGGUGCUGGCUAGAAUUAUUUUGGUCCUGUUGAGGGCCUCUUCCUGGCUUGUAGAUGGCUGCCUUCUUGUGUCCUCACAUGGUAGAGAAAGAGUGAUCUCUAUUCCUCUUCCUAUAAAGCCACUAAUCCCAUAAUGAGGGCCCCACCCUUAUCACUUAAUCUAAGCCUGAUUAUCUCCCGAAGACUCCAUCUUCAAAUACUUAUGGGUUAGGGCUUCAAUAUGAAUUGAGGGAUUGGAGGAGACACAAUUCUGUCCACAGAAUUUUCUGUGAACAAGCCUAUUAUUUUCUUUCUUUCUGUCUUCUUUUCUUUUUUUCCUUCCUUCCUUCUUUCACAAACUUUGUUCCUUUCUUCAAACGGAUAAGAAGCUGUUUGAUGCAGCUGGCACCAGAACGUCUCUUAGUAAGGAAAAUAUCCUUAAUGUCUUUUUUUUUUUAGGAAAAUAUAUUGAUAAGUCAUUUAGGUAUGAAAGGUGAGAUCUUAUAUGGUGGCACAGCAAUGUGAGUGUAUUAAAUGCCUGUGAAUUGUAUACUUCAAAGAGGUUCAUUGUAUGUUAUGUGAAUUUCACCUCAAUCAAAAAUUGUGACCCUGUGAAAAUGGUUGGCAGGAGAAGAGGAAGUGAGAGAGAAAGCUAAACUACUCUGCAUAAAAGAGAUAAUGUGAAUUUGGGAACUGGAGAAAAGCAAAGGGAAAGAGGCAGAGAGUGCUAAGCCAGUGGUAGGAGUCUGGAGGAAAAGUGGCUGACGGGCAUUUUUAGAACAGAAAUGUUUAAUAUUCAGUUUUAAUUUGCCUGUCUCUGUCUCCUGAAACCAAUAAAAUCACUAGACACAAAAAUACCUUGUGUGAACAGAAUUGUGUAUGUAAACCCUUUUUUUAGAUCCACAUGGGACAGAACAAAUAAAGCCUUGUGCUAUCCAGGUGAUCCAGAAACCUCAAAAAGUGAAAUUCAAAAGCAGAGAUGGCCACCAAAAAAAAAAAUAUAUAAGCCAUUUGCUUCCUCCUAGAGUCCAUGGGUACAUCAGGAGGGUUGUGGGACAAUUCUCAUAUUGAGGGAUAUGAUUGAACCAACUUAUCCUGACUCUCAAAGUAUAUUGAACUUUCCUUGAUAUCUCAUUGGCAAUAUAUUGUCAUUUCAUUGAGUUAAGGGCUCAUUAUUGACUAGUCAUCAAUUGUACUUGUAGGGAAAUGCCUCUUUUUAAAGACAAGAGACCAGACCUCCACAGAGGUAGAUCUUGGAGGUUAGAGCAGCUCUCAGAUGUCUAACAUUUCCCCUUAGGGUCAUCUUGCCAGAUUCUCUAUAACAAAAGUCUAGUAGUUCCAAAACCAGGCUCCAAGAAUGUGCCUUUUUUCUACCACCUGGGGUGUGUGUGUGUGUGUGUGUGUGUGUGUGUGUGUGUGUGAUCUGAGCCACUCAACUUCUACUUGGAUGGUGGCAGUAGGAAUCAAAGGGAGUGGGGCCCCUAGGGAAGGGCACUCCCAUGGAAAAAGAGUGGAGACUAUCUUUGUAAUUCCCUGAUUUUCUCACCCAGUUCUCCAAUCUGCUAAAUCUGAAAAAGUUUGUAUUUUAAAUGAAUGGAAAAGCAUUAAUCUUAUAAAAUAAUAUGACACUAAUGAAUGGGCACUUCUGUGUUCAUUAGUGUCAUAUUAUUUUAUAAGAUUAAUGAACCAGGUUCUGUGCCAAGCACAUUCUCAUAUAAUCUGAGGUAAGCACAGUUAUAUUCCCCAUUUAAUAGAUUAGAAAUUAAAGUUUAGAGACUGUAAGGUUAAACAACUUGUUCAAGGUUAUACAUCCUUAAGAUGCCAUCCUAAGAAUAGAAACUUAAGUUUGACUAUAAAGGCUAUGUGCUUAAUUACAGUUUUAGUCAAAUGUAUCCAACUAUUGGAGUUUUUUUCUAUGAAAAGGUUCUGUUCGUGAUAGGUACAUAGUCAAUAGUACUGUGUUGAAGCCUGGUUUAUUCAUUUAAAAUGUGGCAUCUAAAUCUGUUCUGUUACAACAGCCAGACCGUAUUUUGGCUGGCCUUGUGUCCUCUUGAGUCAUGGUUCAUUGCCAAAACAGUGUUGUUUCUUUUUUGUGAAGUAUUUCAGAGGCAAUUCUGGACAAAGGAAAGGUAUAUGGGCUUUUAAGUAGAGCAGGAAUGUGUUCCAAUAAUUGUCAGCUAGACUUUGAGAAAACUUGGAAGUCUUACAAAACAGUGUCAGAAAUCCAUUUCUGUAUUCUGUGACUUUCUGCAAACACAAUUUUAAAAAUCCAGAUAUAGCUUAGACCAUCAGUAGUCUAAUUCAGUGUUUCUCAGAUUUGGGAUUUCUUUUCGAACUUUAGAACAUCAGAAUGAAUCUUGGGACAUUCAUAAGAUUGCCAGCUUUUUAUUUUACAAAUUGAGGACAUUAAACUUGUUACCAUCAAUACAGAAAAUUAAGGAUGGUUAUAAUAAAAUAGUCUUUUAAGUUCAGCAGGUUUAUAUUGUGAAAAACUUGCUACAUAGUCAUUUUUCUCAUUGAAGACCAAUGAAAACUUUCUUAUAGACCAACACUUGGAAGCUACCAGUCUAAAUAACCAGUCUGUAUACAAAAAUUCAGUAAAGACUUCUUCACUUCUAAUGCUCAUUGACUUCAGUUAUUGUAUAUAUGGAAAGAAGUAGAUAUAAAAACAGAUCUUGACUAUAAAAUACAUUCAUGACUUAGUUGGCUCUUUCCUCAAUCAUUACUGAUCUUAACCUUUGGGAGGGAAAAAUAUCUAAAUAAGUUCUGGUUUACCAAUUUGCAAAAUUUUUGUCAACAUUUCAGGAUUUAGAAAAAAACUGACAGGGCAUUUUUACUAUAUAACUAUCUAAGUUUAUAUGAUACAUCAAAAGUCAGUAAGGAUUAUACCAUAAAAUUUACAUUGCACAGGGAAGCAAAAUACUUGGAGGCUCUCCAUGUCUUUGUCUAAAGACUUGUCAUUCAUUUGCAUUCAAAUAAAUUCUUUGCUUUCAUUCAU